GCUGCGGUGCCUGGAGGCGGGAGGAUCGGGGCGCCGCGAUCUGAUUGCCGUCGCUGAGUCGGUCGCGGAGGUCUGCUUUGAAACUACUACGCAAGUCUUUGUAAAAAGUCCAGAAGCAGCGUAUUGAAGUUAACUGUCACCUUCUGUCUGGACUCCUGUUCUAGCAUAUGUGUGUGUUGUGGUCUGCAGACUGAACCAUGCCAGCUUUGUCAACUGGAUCUGGAGGAGACACAGGUUUGUAUGAGCUGCUGGCCUCAUUGCCAGCCCAGCUGCAGCCACAUGUGGACAGCCAGGAAGACCUGACCUUCCUCUGGGAUAUGUUUGGUGAAAAAAGCCUUCAUUCACUGGUAAAGAUUCAUGAGAAAUUACACUACUAUGAAAAACAGAGCCCUGUCCCCAUGUUGCAUGGUGCGUCAGCUUUGGCAGAUGAUCUGACUGAGGAGCUGCAGAGCAAACCACUAAACAGUGAGAUCAGAGAAUUGCUGAAACUACUGUCAAAACCCAAUCUGAAGGCUUUGCUUUCUGUGCAUGACACUGUUGCUAAAAAAAGCUAUGAUCCAGUAUUGCCUCCCAUGCCUGAUGACAUUGAUGAAGAAGAAGACUCUGUAAAAAUAAUCCGGCUUGUCAAAAACAGAGAACCACUGGGGGCUACUAUUAAAAGAGAUGAGCAUACCGGAGCGGUUGUUGUGGCUCGGAUAAUGAAUGGAGGAGCGGCAGAUAGAAGUGGUCUCAUUCAUGUUGGUGAUGUGCUUAAAGAAGUCAAUGGAAUUCCUGUGGGUGAUAAAAAACCAGAAGAAAUUAUACAAAUUCUGUCUCAGUCUAAAGGAGCAAUUACAUUUAAGAUUGUACCUAGUAUCAAAGAAGAAACCCCAUCUAAAGAAGGCAAGAUUUUUAUGAAAGCUCUGUUUGAUUAUGAACCCAGUGAGGAUAAAGCAAUUCCCUGUAAAGAAGCUGGACUUCCAUUCAGAAAAGGUGAUAUUCUUCAGAUCAUGAGCCAGGAUGAUGCAACCUGGUGGCAAGCCAAGCUUGAAGGUGAUGCCAAUCCCAGAGCCGGCCUAAUUCCUUCAAAACAUUUCCAGGAAAGGAGACUUGCAUUGAGAAGAUCUGAUGUUCAGGUUCAGCCACUGAAAAUUUCCAGUCGAAAAGCAUCUGGUUUUAGGAGAAGCUUUCGUCUGAGCAGAAAAGACCGAAAAACAAACAAGACUAUGUAUGAAUGCAAGAAGAGUGAUCAAUACGAUACAGCAGAUGUCCCAACCUAUGAGGAGGUAGCAAAAUAUAGACGGCAACCUAAUGAGAAAUACAGACUUGUUGUCUUGGUUGGUCCUGUGGGUGUAGGACUGAAUGAACUUAAACGGAAAUUGUUGAUCAGUGAUACUCAGCAUUAUGGUGUAACAGUGCCACACACCACAAGAGCACGAAGAAGCCAAGAAAGUGACGGCGUUGAGUACACUUUUAUUUCCAAGCACUUGUUUGAGACAGACGUGCAGAAUAACAAAUUUAUUGAAUAUGGGGAAUAUAAGAACAAUUACUAUGGUACCAGCAUAGACUCGGUUCGAUCUGUUCUGGCUAAAAAUAAAGUCUGUCUCUUGGAUGUUCAGCCUCAUACUGUGAAGCAUUUAAGGACAUCAGAAUUUAAACCAUAUGUCAUAUUUAUAAAGCCUCCAUCAAUUGCGCGUUUGCGAGAGACCAGAAAAAAUGCCAAGAUAAUCUCAAGCAAAGAUGAAAAGGGCGCUGCCAAACCCUUCUCAGAAGAAGACUUUCAAGAAAUGAUUAAAUCAGCACAAAUAAUGGAAAUCCAAUACGGUCAUCUUUUUGACAAAGUUCUAAUAAAUGACGAUCUAACUACAGCGUACAAUGAGCUGAAAACCUCCUUUGACAAAUUGGAAAGAGACACCUUCUGGGUUCCAGUCAGUUGGGUGCAUUCUUAACACUGUAAACAAAACUUUUCAUGGAACUUUAUAAAGGUGUUUAGGUGGACCUAAAAUGCCAUUCUGUUGGUGGGAAACUUUUCUUGCUUUGGCACAUUGGUGAUUAUACAAACUUUGUGCAGUGGAAUGUUGCUCUUUUCUGUGUGCAAGCCUUCCUGUUUGGAAAUAGGAUAUAGAAGGCAGAAGGCAACAAUGAAGCCUUAUUUUACUUGAUUCAAAUAACCACUCUUUUUUAAAAAAAGAGCCCCAAUUAUUGUGAUACCACAUUUUAUAAAUAGUUUGUGCCUCCAGUGUGGGACUUCCAUGAAGCCACAACUAUCAGAAGGUGUGAGAUCCAUCUUUAAGUGGCCUCGAACUUUGCUGGGUGCCAAGCAGGGAUGAGUGCUAAUGCUCAAAGAAUGUAAAACUGGAGGAGACAAAAGGGGCUAACAAUUUCCUUCUCUAGUAUAAGUACUGAAAUCGGGUUAUGAUAAACAUGGAUUUCUUUGUGUGUGUAAACCAUUUUCCAUGUUCAGCCUGACUCUGGUGUAGGGUUGCCAGGUCCCUCCUGGCAACUAGUGGGGAAUUGGUGGGAUUUACCAGGAGUGGGAAGGAGGCCCAGCUGAUGUUGCAGCGAUGUGUCUACAUUGCUUCCAACGUGACCUGGAAGUGACGUCAUCAGGCAGUGAUGUUGGGGCGACAGUGUGGUAUUUAGGCAAAGCUCUGUAGUAAAUUUGGUUUCUCCCAUAGAAUUUUUGCCCAAAUACCAGAGUAUCACUCUGAUGUCCCCAGCGUGAUGAGGUCACUUCUGGGUCACAUUGGAAGUGACGUAGACAUGUUGCUGCAAUGUCAGCUGGGCCUUGCUCUUCUUCCAGGUAAGUCUCCUGCACCAGCCAGCUGAUGGGUGGCGGGGCCUGGCAGUGGGGGACCCCCACCUCCCCAGAAAGGUCUGGCAACCCUAGUCUGUUGUCUUUAUCAUGAGAGCAAAUUUAACAUACUUGGUAACUAUGUUUUGAUGUGUUUUAAGCUACAGUCUCCUGUAGCUGUGCUCUGAAAGGUGUAUAUGCUGGAAUGCGUUGCAUGCUUGGAGGUAACUUGAAUAUUUUAAGUGAACAUUAAGUGAACAAUAAGCAAUAAAUAUGUUUUGCAUAUAAAAUUUUAAAGGUAAACUUCUGUGGUAUUCAAAGCAAUGGAAAGCUUUAAAACUAAACAUCAGAUCUCGGGUUGGUUAGAGUAGCUUUUAUGUACCUCAAGAAUUGGGGUGGAGACUUUGCAAUAGAGGCAGCAGCUUAAGUGGAAUUUGUUUAUAUCAGUGCUUCAUGUUUUAAAAAUUUAUAAAAUAGUCUUUGUGUGACUCCAGAAGCUAUUUUUUUUUAAUUUGAAAACUUGUUAAUUAAAGCUUGGGUAUCAUUCCCAUUUUCUAUUGACCUUGAACAGUAGAAAUGCAAGCUGUUUUCUCUGGAAUGAAGAAAGGAGUCUCCCCCCCCUUUUUUUCCUUGUAUUCGUGUUGAGACAAAGUAUAUUAAUAGAUGUGGAUGCAUGUUGUAUGUAAGUGAAUCUGUCUUACCAAUAGCGUGUGACGGUGACACAUCACAACUUUGGCAUGCAAACAGGAAGCCCAGUUAUUUUACGUUAACAUGUACAAGGUUUAGCUGACUUAUUUAAAGGCAAAAGAAUUUGGUGAGACUCUAUAUAUUUAUGAAAAGAGGUGA